GGCCUCUGAAGUCAAAAACGUUAUUUAUCUUCUAAAUAUUUGAUUUAUCUAUAUUUCAUAAUAACAUACUUUUGAAAACUUGAAGAAGGAUAUGAAAUUUUUAAUAAAUUAAAAACAUUUAAAACUUUUACUGAGCCAUAAAAAAUCAUAAAGUUAAAAACUGCGAUAACUGCCAAAUUAAAUUCUUCUUGCGAAUCUGUGCCCUAUGAUUUGCCCAUGAUCACAAACAAACGGAUUUGUCUUGAGAUGCAGGGAGUAUUUUUACAGUGAACGUAUUUAUGGUGUUUCGGAUUUGGAUCACGACCUUGUCUGUGUUAGUGCGAAAGACAAAUUCAUCAGCUACAAGGUGAGCCUAAACUUUCUAAUCAAAAGUAAAUUAAAAAUGCCAUUUUAUGCAGUGAGAAGAGGAUUCCAGCCUGGAGUGUAUCUUACCUGGGAAGAGUGUCAGGCUCAGGUGAAUGGCUUCAAAGGGGCACAGUUUAAGAAGUUUGCCACACAGGAAGAGGCUGAGGCAUUCAAGAUGGGCGGCACUGGCCCCUGCUCAGUGCCCAACAACAAUCUUGGACGACCCAAGGGCUCGACCUCCAUCAACACCAAGAGGGCUACGUCGUUUGGAAAGGCUCCCUCAGCAUCGGUGACCGGCUCGGCGCGAGCGGCUCCGUACCAGAUAAAGCAGGAGCGAGCGGCGGGAGCGUCCUCAACGGACCUGGCGCCAGCAUCUGAAGCCUCUCUGGAUGACAAAAGAGUCAUAUUGACUGAUAUGGCCAAAUGUGUUGCCAGCCUCCGUAACGAGAUGGCUGAGCUGAAGAAGCAGAUGACUGCACACGUGGCUGGCAAGGCGGCCAGCUCACCGUCCACCUCCAGUUCCGACCCGUCCGCCGCGCCGGACCAAUUCAUAGUGGACGCAGAGGGCUUCUUGAACGUGUGGACGGACGGCGCGUGCGGCUUCAACGGGCGUCACGGGGCGCGCGCCGGCGUCGGCGUGUGGUUCAACUCGGCGCACCCGCUGAACGUGUCGGCGCCCGUCGAGGGGCCGGCCACCAACAACAACGCCGAGAUUCAGGCGGCGUGGGUGGCGCUGGAGCUGGCCAGCGCCGCCGGACACCGGCGCGUGCUCAUCCACACCGACUCGCAGUUCGUCAUCAACUGCGCUACCAAGUGGAUGGCCAAGUGGCAGAAGAAUGGCUGGACGCUCGCCAGCGGAGGGCCCGUCAAGAACCGCACCCAGCUGGAGGCGCUGGCGCGAGCCAUGGAUAAUAUGGAUGUGAAGUGGAACCACGUUCUUGGCCACUGCGGUGUGAAGGGUAACGAGGGCGCCGAUCAGCUGGCAGUGGCCGGCGCCACGCGCUACAACCCUCAGACGGCCAGCGAAUGACGUCACCGCUGGCGGAGGGACUACCGAUCCGGGUACUUCGGCAGCGGACAGCGACUGGUGACGUCAUCUGUGCUCCGGCGACCGUGCGGGACAUGGACCGCUCACACCGUCACUAGUUCUAAAGUCGUCAGGAAAGGGUGGAGUGUGGUGGUCAAGACCUCAGAAGAGUGUUUCUAUGAUGGGCUGCUGUGACAAUAUCGCUUAAUUCAUUCCUGGAAUAAGGGUGACGCUUGAAGU